AUGUUUUCUACGCUAGUGCCCGUGGCGUGCCGGACGGUACGGGAUACAUUGGACACAACGCUUGGAAGCCCUCUUUUUCCAUUUCAGGGCCACUUUGUUCCCCAGGCCCUAUUGCCCCCCCCCCUCCAGUGGACUUACAUGUUGGUUUUUGGGCAUCCUUAA